AUGCUCACCUUUCAGCGCACGGCAUGUGCCUUUCUUGCGGCGAGUAGCCUUACUCUCGCCGUACCGAAGAAGCCGGGAUGGAUCGACGGAAGUCGACACGGUUCCCCUCAACCGACCCCCCCCCGAAAUCCGAUCACCAUCAGGCCAGGCACGAGCCAGGAAUUCAUGUACGAACUCUUGGGCCUUCUCUCUGCCUUUUCGAAGGAUGCCGCUACCGGUCACACGCUCGCCAAAUUUGUCGACAAUGUGGGCAACGACUUGCAAUGGACCGUCGACAUUGAUUGUUGGCAAGGGUUCAAGGAGGAAAAAUGGUGGCACCAAGGGCCUGAUUACCCCCCGGUCGACAGCGAUCGACCCCUUCCCACCAAGCCCUGCAAACUGGCCCAGGCCUGCCCUAACAAGGCAAUACCGGAUCUUGCCAGCAUUACCCGGAGCUUCAGAAGGACGGGCGAGGCCGGGAGACACGGCGGCCUUCAUUACACCUACGGCCCUCUGUGCGAGACCGAUGAGACGAUCGAUGAGCUUCAGGGUCGACUCGCCGGCGCCUCCUUGAUCCCCAUCCCGUUCAGAGGGAAGACGGUGCCUGGCCCUCACGAAAAUGCACUGGCAGCCCCGGAAUCAUCGUCCAGCAAGGAAAGCACCAACUUGGAAAUAAUGAAUCAAGUGAGGCGCAUCGUCUCCACCCACGUUCAUGGCAAAAUCUAUACCGGUCACCGCCUUGCUGCGCUGGUCGAUAGCCAAGGCAAUGACCUGCAAUGGACACUUGACGUUGAGUGUGCAAACUUCGACGAUCCGAACAUGGAAGGCCCCGGUGCGCUGAUGUUCUACGAUCCGAACAUCCCUACCAUCAACGCCUGCAAGCUAUUCCAGAUUUGUCCCAACGAUGCGAUGCCGGAUCUUGCGAGCACGACCCGGAUAUGCCGUCAAGUAAAAACCAUGAAGGGAUACUGCGAUCUGCAAUGCAACCACGAAUACUUGUGCGAGCGCGGCAUCUCGCUCAAACAGCUGAGCGGCCGGCUGCAAGGCGCGUCCAUGAUGCCUCUCGCAUUCGAAGGGAAUUCUACCAUUUCGGACCAGACGAAGCUGUGUUCCAAACCUGAACACACGGAGCGGGGAGUGGUCGUGACUCCAAGCCAGUUGGCGGACUUUAAGUUCUAUUCUCAGGGCGGCGACCAUGAUAUCAACGGAUAUGUUGCCAUUGACCGUUCUAAGAAAGAAAUUGUCCUCUCUGUUCGCGGUUCUUGGAGCGCUUCGAAUUGGUGGGGGGACCUGAAGAUCGGUUGGGAAAUCUGCCCUUAUGCCAAAUUCUGCACAUUGCACGAAGGCUUCUGGGAAUCCUGGACCGAGAUUCGGUUCGGCGUUACCGAAGUCAUCGUCAACCUUCUUUAUCUUCCCGAGUACACCGGUUAUAGAGUCGUCGGUUCUGGCCACUCCCUCGGCGCUGCCGUCGUGACGAUUGCCAGCGUCGAGUUCCAAUUCCGGGAAAACAUAACGAUGGACGUAUACAGCUACGGCUCGCCACGUAUUGGCAACGAAGUCUUCGCGAACUUUGCCUCGUCGCUACCCGGGAAAAUAUAUCGCAUCACCCAAGGCGCAGAUAUGGUUCCGCGCAUACCGAAACGCAAAAUUGGCUACAUGCACACGUCCCCCGAGUACUGGAUCAAGAACGGAACUAAGGUCGAUCCCGGUUUGGAGGAUUUUUACAAGUGCACGGGUAUCGCAAACGACGACUGCAACGGUCACACCUCGGGCGUCAACAUUGGCAUGCAUCAAACGUAUUUUGGCAACAUCGACGGCUGCAAGUCUAUCCUUCCUCUGAAGCGAGAAGAAGGAGGAUCGGAGAUUGAGGCGGAGCUGAUGUCCUUGAUCGGGCAAGACCAUCAAGAGGCGUUGGAGGCGCCCAAAAACCAGCAGGUGGUUGAGACCAAAAUGGAACCGGAGUCGGGCGUGGGACGGCAAGGAUGA